UCUCUCUCUUAAAUCUUACUCGGGAUUUUUUUCUCUCUCCGGAGAAACUCUCUCUGCUUCUCUCUCUCUCUCUCAACAGAGAGAACCUGCCUCUUGGAAGUUGGAAUGGACUACUCGCCCCCAGCGAGCCACACGAAUCCGGAGGCUGAGACGACCCCUCGGUCGGCCUCGUCCGUCAUCGCCCGAGCUCUCCGCCUCCUUCAAUCCGCUGACUCCGACUCCAAGCUCCAGGCAGCUCGCGAGAUUCGGCGCCUCACCAAGACCUCGCAGAGGUGUCGGCGCCAGCUCGCCGACGCUGUCAGACCCCUCGUCUCCAUGCUCCGUCUCGACUCGCCCGAGCUAAACGAGGCUGCUCUACUCGCUCUCCUCAACCUCGCCGUCAAGGAUGAGACGAAUAAGAUUAGUAUUGUGGACGCGGGUGCCCUCGGACCAAUUAUCAGCUUUCUCCAGUCAAUUAGUUCCGAACUCCAAGAGUAUGCAGCUGCAGCUUUGCUGACUCUAUCUGCUUCAACAGUUAACAAGCCUGUUAUAAGUUCUUCUGGAGCAAUCCCUCUGUUGGUGGGAAUUCUUGAAGGAGGGAGUCACCAGGCCAGGAUUGAUGCCUUGAUGGCCCUUUACAAUCUCUCUACACACCUUGAUAAUCUCAGCAUCAUUCUGGAAGCUCAACCUGUUCCUGCCAUAGUAGCCUUACUGAAGUCAUGUAGAAAAUCAUCGAAAGCUGCUGAAAAGUGCACUGCUCUUAUAGAAUCUUUAGUGAGUUAUGAGGAGGGCAGAACUGCAUUGACUUCAGAGGAGGGUGGAGUUUUCACUAUAGUGGACGUGUUAGAGAAUGGGUCCCUCCAAGGUCGGGAAUAUGCCGUGGGGACUCUGUUAACUAUGUGCCAAAGCGAUAGAUGUAAAUACAGAGUACCAAUCCUGGAAGAAGGGGUGAUCCCUGGUCUGCUUGAGCUUACUGUUCAAGGCACUCCCAAGUCUCAGGUAAAAGCUCGGACACUGUUGAUAUUGCUGAGGGACUCUCCAUAUCCACGGUCAGAGUGUCAGCCCGAUUCUUUAGAAAACAUCGUGUGCAAUAUCAUCUCUCACAUCAAUGGAGAUGACCAGUCCGAUAAAGCCAAGAAGAUGCUCGCAGAGAUGGUGCAGGUUAGCAUGGAACAGAGCUUGAGACAUUUACAGCAAAGGGCCCUGGUAUACCCGCCGGCUGAUAUGCCUCUUAACAGUUGCACUUCUGAAGUUUCCUCGAAGUGAUUUCUCUGCUCCUGUUGGUUGUCUGUGGAAAAUAUUCCAUUGUAGAAAUACUCAUUUAUAUAACAAAAAGAAGAAUAUGAAGAAGAGCAAAAGAAUAGCAGGGAGAAAGGAAUGCCAGUCCAGGCCGUCAUGGAGGUAUCAAGUGACUGGUUUCAAAUAAAUCGGGCGAAGUGUAUGAUGUGAAGAAAGAACAUAAUUGUUGUUUUUGUUUUUGAUUUUGUUUUUGGGGGUUCUUCUUCUGGGUAGCUUGCUUUGCUUGUAAAGAUGUCUUUCUGGAAAUGCUAAGCAGUUUGUAUAGUUUUUCAUUGCCUUAUUUU